CCUUCCCCUCAUCUUCCCCACACAGCCUUCUCAAACUACAUCUUCUCUGUUUUCCUCUGCUUCAAAAAUGGCUUCCAUUGCCUCCACUCUCACCACCAAGCUCCAAAGGCCUUCCUUACUUCUUGACUCGUCUUUCAAUGGCACCCCUUUGGCCCCUCCUCCUUCUCUCCGCCUCAAAUCCACCACCACCACCACCGCCGCCACAUCUCUCUCCAUCUCCGCCUCUGCCUCUCAGCCCCCCUACGAUUUGAACCAAUUCAAAUUCAAUCCCAUCAAGGAAUCCAUCGUCUCCCGAGAGAUGACCCGUCGCUACAUGACUGACAUGAUUACCUACGCUGACACUGACGUGAUCAUCGUCGGCGCUGGCUCCGCCGGCCUCUCUUGCGCUUACGAGCUCAGCAAAAACCCAUCUAUUCGUAUCGCCAUCAUCGAACAAUCCGUCAGCCCCGGCGGCGGUGCAUGGCUCGGCGGCCAACUCUUCUCUGCUAUGGUGGUUCGGAAACCAGCCCAUUUGUUCUUGGACGAGGUGGGUGUGGAGUACGACGAGCAAGAAGACUACGUCGUGAUAAAGCACGCGGCUCUCUUCACGUCAACGAUCAUGAGCAAGCUCCUCGCCCGGCCGAACGUGAAGCUGUUCAAUGCGGUGGCGGCGGAGGAUUUGAUCGUUAAAGGCGGCAGAGUUGGCGGUGUCGUCACCAACUGGGCGUUGGUGUCGAUGAACCAUGACACACAGUCCUGCAUGGACCCCAAUGUGAUGGAGGCCAAGGUGGUUGUGAGUUCUUGUGGCCACGACGGACCCUUCGGCGCUACCGGAGUCAAGCGCCUCAAGAGCAUCGGCUUGAUCGAUAGUGUCCCUGGGAUGAAGGCGCUUGACAUGAACACUGCCGAGGAUGCCAUUGUUCGGUUCACCCGAGAGGUCGUUCCCGGCAUGAUUGUCACCGGCAUGGAGGUUGCCGAGAUCGAUGGAGCUCCAAGAAUGGGGCCGACGUUCGGGGCGAUGAUGAUAUCGGGGCAGAAGGCGGCACACUUGGCGCUGAAAUCGUUGGGGGAGGCGAAUGGCAUUGAGGAUGGAGAAGUGGGAGAAAGAAAGGUUGUGGAAGAACCAGAGCUGCUACUGGCGGCGGGGGAGUCGCCGGAGGUUGCAGAUGCUUGAAAUUUUUAAUGACGGCCGGAUGUUGAUUUGGAUGAAAUAUUUGCCUUUGGGUUUAUGAUGUUUGUUUGUUAGUAGUGAGUUAAGAGUGUGAUGAAAGGGGUUGUGUUUGGCUUUGUGGUUUCAUAGCACAAUGGGGUCUGGGGGAAGACAAAAUAUCAAUUCCCUUUUUCUCUCUUUUUUUUGUUUUACUUUUAUUUUGUUAAUAAAAAUGCCUUUCCAAACCAUCUCUUCCCCACAAAAA